UUCACUCUGUCAGCACGGAGCAUGUUACAUGAGAGAGGUAGGCAACAGAGUAACAAAGGGUCCUUUGACAUAGUCGAGCCGAACUACAGCAACCGCCAUGAAGAUUUUCCGGUGUAAAGGAGAGUAGAUGGACCACGACGUACUGAUCUUUGAACGUCUCCUGACACUGGCAUCUCUGACAGGUUCCGAGCUGGGAGCGCCGGAGGUGUACAACUCAUUUAUUGUCGCUUAUUUCGAAGGAGAGCUCAGACUUUGUUCUGACUACCUCAUAAGAUAAAAGCAGAGUGUGACCGAAUUCCUCCUGGGCUCAUGCCAAACUAACAGACUUCCUAGGUCAUUUAUACGGGCAACUAUAUGGAUUAUAUAGUUAUAUAGUGGAUUCACGUUUGUUUUGAAAUUGCUCCAAGGCAAGGGCUCGCCUUGCCUCGCGCGCCUGCUGAAGACUUCUUGGUGGUGGUGGGAAACUCUAAAUAAACGGAUAUAAUAUAAACCAGGAACAUGGGUGAAAGUUUUCUUCGGGAUAUUUUGAGCUUUUACAGUGAUAACAGUUCGCUCUCGACGCCAAACUUGGAGAAGUUUUUAAAGCUCAUCACCUCCCGCCGAGCGCCAGCAUCAGUAGACAGCGAGGCGAAUCCGCUGAGGAAUGCUGAGUGUUUGUCUGCCCCAGAUCUCCUGGAUGCUUUUGGGCUCUCUAAUGCGUCUGAGCUGACUGUGGAUCAGCUGCAGCUCAUAUGCCCAGCUGUUCUUACUCAGGUUCUACUCCCCUCCUGCCCUUACAUGACCCCCUCAACCAUAACCACUGACCCACAAGUUUGGGGCUAUAGUUUCUUGGCUGUGACAAUAAUUAACUUGGCUUCUCUACUGGGGUUACUCUUAGUUCCUUUAACUAAGAAAUCCUAUUUCCCAAAAGUGCUAACCUACUUCAUUGGAGUGGCCAUAGGAACAUUAUUCUCCAAUGCUGUACUGCAACUUAUCCCUGAGGCUCUUGGAUUUGACCCGAAAGUUGAUAACUACGUGUCAAAUACAAUUGGGAUUUUUGGAGGGUUCUACCUCCUGUACUUUACAGAAAGAGUCUUAAAAAUAGCACUGAAAGCAGAUCCGGAGCAUUGCCACAACUUCCCGUCACUACAGACUAAUGAUGUAACCAUCACCGGCUUCAGCAAUGAUAUUAUCAUAAACAACAUGACAAGUGAUGUCAUCACAAAUAACGCCAACCAUGAGGUCCUACCAAACAGCCCCAGUGAGAAACCAAGCCAGCCAACCAUUAACCCAGCCAAUGAACAGAAGUCAUGCAUAUUAGUGGGAUGUCGCUGGCUGCGAGGGGAACGAGUGUCAAACAUAAAAACAGUGGCUUGGAUGAUCACACUGAGUGAUGGAUUGCAUAAUUUUAUUGAUGGACUGGCCAUUGGAGCCUCCUUCACUGUCUCUCUUCUCACUGGCUUCAGUACCUCUAUAGCCAUUGUCUGUGAGGAGUUUCCUCACGAGCUAGGUGACUUUGUGAUUCUGUUGAACUCUGGUAUGAGUGUCCCUCAGGCUGUGUUUUUUAACCUGCUCUCUGCUAUGUGCUGUUAUCUCGGCUUGGUGCUGGGCAUCUUGCUGGGCAGCAGCUUCGCUCCAAAUGCCAUCUUUGCCAUUGCUGGUGGAAUGUUUCUUUACAUCGCUCUGGCAGACAUGUUCCCAGAGAUGAAUGAAAUAAUGAACACACACGCCAGAGGCCGCAAAGGAAAGAUGUUAUUCUUUCUGUUCCAAAAUGGUGGCCUGCUAACCGGCUUUUCCAUUAUCCUCCUCAUCACCAUCUUUGCUGGAGACAUCAAUCUGGGAUAAAUUGAAUUUGAAGAAUGAGAAUAAAAGGCUUAAAGGGAACAACGAAUAUGAGUUCAGUCCACACAACCAGGGACCAAAGGGUUGAUACCACAAACAUCAUUUUAAAACUCUUGACUUGGACUCUAUUCCUACUGUUUAACACAAUAAUGUAUCUCAAGUAACAUUGUAGUACUAGAAAAAAAGGAAUUAUAAAUUAUGUUUGUGUAAUUCAUAUCUGUACAAGGGCAUCGCACACAAAGAUGCUCCUAUUUAACGUUUGUCCCCAAGCCUCCGAAAGGUUUCAUUCACCGUCGCUAGGCUUACAGACUUGGCUUGUGGGUAUAUAAACAAUAUAAACUACUUUGGCAACUCUCCCAUGCAGUUAUUUCCGGUUAUACAAGACCAGAGAGCAGAGACAGGCCACUGUUUCUAAUAUGAAUGAGGUAGUAAAGUGCACCAAAGCUCAACAUGGCAACUGUAUUCAGUCCUUGUUGUUUUGGUACAGAUGUUAGCAAAAAAUGUCUGGCCUAUCAUAUUCUUACACUGAUACAUGUCCAGAUAUACAGACCCCCCCCCACUAAAUUGUUUAAAUUCCUCAUACAAAAUAAGGAAAUAUCUGAGGAAACACAAAACAGUUUUUAAUUGAUCAAUUAUACCUAAAAUAUAUCACCCAUAAAAUGAAUAACUGGUUAUCAUGGUUGUCACCUAUGACAGCAACACCUGUGUCUCUGAAGUUGCUGUUGAGAAAUUUCUAGCCUUUCUUGCAUUAACUGCCUGUUUAAGGUCCUGCUACAGCAUCUCAAUGGGGUUUAAGUCAGUACUUUGACCAGGUCACUCCAAAACCUUGUUUCUUUUAAACCAUUCAGGGGUGGAAUUGCACUUGUGCUUUGGAUUGUUGUCUUGCUUCAUAACGCAAUUGAAACUUAAGCUUCAGGUCAUGAACUGAUGAUGACCAGACCUUCUCCUUAAGGAUUUUCUUCCAGCCACUUCUGGGAAGAUUUACUAUGGUUCAGAAUUUUCUCCAUUUGGAGAUAAUGACACUCACUGUGGUUCACUGGAUUCCCAGAGCCUUAAAAAUGUCUUUGUAACUCUUUCCAGACAGAUAUAUUUUUCAAUACAUUACUUUCUCUUUGAGAAUUUCUUUUGAAUGCAGCAUAGUGUGCUGCUUGUUGAGACCUUGUAGUCUACUUGACAACCCUAACCCUGGCAGUAAUUGAGUAACUAACAGGGCAAUUGCAUUUUCACACAAGGCCAUUUAUUAUUGGAUAACUAUUUUCCUUCAAUAAACAAUUAUUUAAAAACUGAUUAAA